GCCCCAUCGCAGUCACCAUCUUCGCUCAGUCUCUGUCUCCUUGCUGUCGUCGGUUCCGUCGUACCCUGCAUUUGGAAUGGAGCUUUAAUUUGAAUAAGUGAAAGUGAGAACACCAAAAGGCACCGCGAACACCCCUAGCCGCUCAGACUCAAAUUCAAACUACUUCCAUGAAUAAGUGACCAAAUCAUCACUGCAACGACCACCGUCUACCCUCACCGUCGCCGCCGCCGCCGAUUCACUACCUAAAUGUCUCACGAAGGAAUGCUUUCUUCGAUAAUAAAUGAAGCCAGCAACUACACUGGAAAAGACCCGCUUCUUCCAUGGCUCCGGGGUAUCCGAAAAAUGAAGGACAGUUUUGCCCCUGAAGCCCUCAAGGAAAAGCUACCAGUGUUGUUGCAGAAAUGCGCACAAAAGUUCCAGCUCGAUCGCCGUUACAGAAACGACAUGCGCUACCUUCGCGUUUGGCUUCACUUGAUGGACUUUGUGGAUGAUCCUGGGGAACUUUUGAGAACAAUGGAAGCUAAUCAUAUUGGAACAAAGCGCUGUCAAUUCUACCAAGCAUAUGCACUUUUCUAUGAGAAAAGCAAGAAGUAUGAUGAGGCUGAGAGGAUGUACCAUCUUGGAGUGAAGAACCUUGCAGAGCCUAUGAAUGAGUUGCAGAAAUCAUAUGAUCAAUUCCUUCAGCGCAUGGAACGUAGGAAAAACAAGAGAAACAAUAAGCAGGAAGUGAGAGGUGCCAGAAGAGCUCUGGCUGCAAAAGGCAACCCUUCUGUUGCGAAUAAUAUUGAGGGAAGCAGUGGAGCAUGCAGUGUUGAGGGUGUGCAAAAGGGACCCCAAGUUGUGAGUUCUGAAGCUAAUGAUGCCAAUGAUAGAAAUGUAAGGAAUAGAAAAGAUGAAUGCAAAAGGGUUUUGGGGGAGAACACAGUAGUUGUAUCUAAAUUUGUUGACACUGCCAUUGUGGGGAAAUCAGAAGUAGAAGAUGCAUGCCAUCAUGGACUGGUUGAUCCCACAAUAAAUAUGAAGGAGGCCAUGAAUGCCAUUAACAGCAUGUUCCGGGCACCAUUAGAGACAGUCCCAGUACCCCGGAAAUCACAGAGAAAUCAGUUGAAGGAAGAUCGUAGUAUGAAGAAUGGGUUUGAAGUAUUUGUUGACGAAAACUUGGAUAAUGGAAUGAAACCAACUGGUUCUUCACAGAAGAGAACUGAAGCCAGCCAACCUCCCCAAGAACUACUUCAGAUAUAUGUUGAUGAUGAAGGAUUCUCUGAGACCAGUGAUGUAAAUGCGAAUUCUCAUGAAGAUUCUACUUCAUCAGCUUCACAACCGAAUGGUUUGGUUUUCCCCCAUCCCAAGGAUCUUCCUUCUGAAAAAUCCAGUGAUAGAGACGAAGAAAGUUCCCAUAAAUCAAAGUUUAGAGAGGAUACAGUUGUGUGCAGAUUUGUUGGCUCUGCAAUCUUGGAUGAGCCAGAGGUGGAGAAUGUUUGCCACCAUGGCUUGGUGGACCCUACAAUCAACAUGAAGGAAGCCAUGAAUGACAUAAAUAACAUGUUUGGAAAGCCAAUGGAUUUUGUUAGGAAAAAAAGAUCAAUGAAACUGGAGAAAGCUCCUGAGAUCAACAGGGGAAAGGAACUUGAUGGCUUUUCAAUCCUUGCUGAUGAUGAUGAUAUGGAGCAGCAACAAGUUGCGCCACCACCAAAAUUUUCACGAAAGUCAAAGGAAUGCGAGUUAUAUGAGCCAACUAUCCACACAAAGGAAGCGAUGGACAACAUAAACAAGAUGUUUAAUAUGCCAUUGGAUUUUUAAGUGCAAGGUGAUUGAUUAACAAUGAUUACAAUUUAUAAGUUGUAAGAAUAUGCAUUUGAUUUUUGGGAGGCACCCAAAUGUGAGUUUUCUGUUGUCCUUUUUAUUCCC